UCAUUCCCCAAUACCAUAUUGAACUCCUUCCCGUGCUUUCUUAGAUAAUUUUCAAACGUUUUAUUCUGUUGGCCUUCAUCGUUACAGAUAAUCAGUGGGAUACUGUAAUUUUCUUAUAUAAUAGAAAAUGGAAACAGAAAAUACAGCUGAUGAGUUACCUGAAAGAAAACGGAAGACAGAUGGAGAUGGUUCACCUUCAGAAGUGAAAUGUGAGGCACCUGAAAAGAAAUUAAAGGCAGAAGGAGAAGAUCCUCCUCCAAAAGAGGGGGCAGCAGAAAAUACAACAGAGGAAAAGGAUGCUUCUACUGAUCUAUAUGAGUACACAAAGAGAGAAGAAUUUACAUCAGAGAUUUUUAAAAUAGAAAUCACCAACCUACCAAGAUUUGGUUUUAAGCAAUUGAAGAAAAGACUGAAUGGACUAGAUGUAAAACCUGUAAAAGUGAAGGCUGUUGACACACAUACAUUUGCAUUUGCCACAUUUAGGAAUGAGGAGGAAAGAGAUGAUGCAAUAAAGAAGAUUAAAGGACAUGUAUGGAAAGACAGAACAUUAGAUGCUAAGCUAGCCAGUGCUGCAGCAGAUCCAUUCCAGAAGAUAAGAAGUAAAGAUAAUAGAGCUGAAAAAUCAGCCAAACAAAUAGCUGAAGAACAGUUACCAGUAGAAGAAAGAUUGAAAAAUUCUGUGACACCUUUAUGGAAUGUUCCUUAUGAAGAGCAGUUAAAGACUAAGUUUGAAGAAAUGGAAGAAGCAUUAAAAAAUGUCUCCAGACAAGUUCUCAAAAAUAUACAGUAUGAUAAAACCAAUACUGAAAUGAAAGACUGGAUAACUGGACAAAGAAAACUUUAUGAUGGGAAAUGCUGUCCAUUAUUAGCUAUAAAGCCUUCUCCUGUGAAAGAAGGGUACAGAAAUAAAUGUGAAUUUACAAUUGGCAAAGAUGUUAAUGGGCAAGAGAAAACGGUUGGAUUUAGGUUUGGUAUGUACAAAGAUGGUACCAAUUCAGUAGGAGAACCUUAUGAUUUACUUAUUAUACCAGAAAGUAUGAAGAAAGUUGUUAAGUGUUUUCAAGAUUAUAUAAGAAGCAGACCACUUACAUCUUAUGACCCUGAAAAUCAUCAAGGUUAUUGGAGGUUGUUGACAGUUCGUUCAUGUCUCCUUGGUGAUCUGAUGUUAACGGUAGACUUCCAUCCACAACAGCUAACCAAGGCUGCUGUUGAUGAAGAGAAGAAUAAGCUACAAGAAUUUUUCACAUCUGGGGAUGGCAAAGGCUGUAAAGUUAGCAGUUUAUACUGGAGAACAUACAGUAGUGUGCAAACAGGAUCCCAUGAAGCUGAGUAUGAACAUGUUAUUGGUAGUAAGUACAUUGAAGAGAAAUUGUUUGAUUUAAAAUUUAGAGUUUCACCAGAUGCAUUCUUUCAAGUUAAUACACUAGGGGCAGAGGUUCUAUACAGUCAGGUUGCUGAUUGGUGCAAUGUUUCUCCAACCACAACCGUUUUAGAUAUUUGCUGCGGUACUGGUACUAUUGGAAUUUCAAUGGCAAAUAAAGUUGAGCAAGUUAUAGGAAUUGAGCUAUGUGAACAAGCUGUUGAAGAUGCUAAACAGAAUGCAAAAUUAAAUGGUAUAUACAACUGUAGAUACCAAUGUGGGAAGGCUGAAGAUUUAAUAACACGUGUCAUGAAAUCAUUACAUACAAAAGAUGUGGUGGCCAUAUUGGAUCCACCACGAGCAGGCAUACAUCCCAAAGUGAUCCAUGCGAUCAGGAAAUGUCCAGUUUUAACCAGAUUGAUCUAUGUGUCAUGUAGUCCAAAAUCAGCUACCAAUAACUUUGUGGAUUUGAUGAAAAAUCCUUCCAAGAAGACGAAAGGAAUUCCAUACAAGCCAGUCAAAGCUAUUCCUGUUGAUCUGUUUCCUUAUACUAAACAUUGUGAGAUGGUGAUUUUAUUUGAACGUAAACUUCCUGUAAAUCAGGAACCAGAAAAAGAAGACAGUUCAUAAUGAUUUUAAUUAAAAUACACCUCAUUU